CACACCGCAAACCAUGCCGCUGUUUGAGCCUGUUUCCGAUGCCCUCAUUGCUGGUGUCCGCACCGCAGGCGACUUUCUCACCGAUGCCGGCGUCACUGCCGUUGUCGACAACUGGGAGACGUCGUUCAAGGGCCUGCUGACGGACAACGCGCCGCAGGCGAUGGAUUUCAUCAACUGGAUCUUCUCGUCGAAGCACCACUACGUGGAGGAGCUCGACCUGCCGUUCCUCAACUGGUUCCGGGUUAUCCUUGUCCUCAUGGCCUACGUCGUGGUCAUCAAGGUUGGCCAGGUCAUCAUGUCGCAGUUCCAGCCGUUCAAGCUUUACACCUUCUCCAUCAUCCACAACACGGCGAUGGUUCUCAUCUCGGCAUACAUGUGCAUUGAGACUGUGUACCAGGCGGUCUCGCUCAAGUACGGCCUGUUCGGUAACUACGCGCUCGACUCGUCCGCCGAGCACGGCAUGGCCAAGAUCGUCUGGGUCUUCUACAUGUCCAAGUUCCCGGAGAUGCUCGACACGGUCAUCAUGGUGCUGAAGAAGAACAACCGCCAGGUCUCGUUCCUCCACAUGUACCACCACUUCAGCAUUGCGCUCGUCUGGUGCAUCGUGACCUUCUCCUACCCGGCUGGCGAGGCGUACUUCUCCAUCAUCCUCAACUCGUUUGUCCACGUCGUCAUGUACUCGUACUACCUUGCUCGUGUUUUCAAGAUCGAAGUCCCGUGGAAGUUCUACAUUACCAAGUUCCAGAUGCUCCAGUUUAUGGCCAACAUGGUCCAGGGCAUCUACGAUGUCUACAUCCUCAAGAUGGAUCCGGUCCGCGGCCCGACCUGGCUCCUUCAGCUCCUUGCCAUCUACAUGGUUUCGCUCCUUGUUCUCUUCGGCAACUACCUGCGCGUCAACGCCGGCAAGGCCAAGAAGGCCAAGAAGGCCAAGUCCGCUUAAUGUGCUUCGAUGCGGCGACUCGCUUCUCUUUCUUCCCCUCCAUCCCCCCUCCCCGCCCCGUCACAAACCUUUCCAAGCAAACGCAUGUCAAGUGCC